ACCUGCUUGCCAGGAGGGUCCAGUCCAUGGGGUAACAAACAGAUCAUGGCCCCAGACUGUCUCAGGGACUUUCUUCCUCUUUUCUCAUCACAGCAUCCUAAUGACCUAUGACCAUGUGGAACUCAAUUUCAAUGACAUGAAGAACGUGCCAGAGGCCUUCAAAGGGACCAAGAAAGGCACCAUCUACCUUACCCCUUACCGGGUCAUCUUUCUGUCCAAGGGGAGGGAUGCCAUGCAGUCCUUCAUGAUGCCGUUUUAUCUGAUGAAGGACUGUGAGAUCAAGCAACCUGUAUUCGGUGCAAACUACAUCAAGGGAACCGUGAAGGCGGAGGCAGGAGGUGGCUGGGAAGGCUCUGCAUCCUACAAGUUGACCUUUACGGCAGGGGGCGCCAUCGAGUUCGGACAACGGAUGUUACAGAUGGCAUCUCAAGCCUCCCGAGGCGAAGCCCCCACUGGAGCCUACGGGUACUCGUACCUGCCCAGCGGGGCCUAUGUCUAUCCCCCGCCAGUCGCCAAUGGAAUGUACCCCUGCCCUCCUGGCUACCCCUACCCACCGCCCCCACCUGAGUUCUAUCCAGGACCUCCUAUGAUGGACGGGGCCAUCGGAUAUGUGCAGCCCCCACCACCGCCCUACCCUGGGCCCAUGGAACCGCCAGUCAGCGGCCCUGAUGUCCCCUCCACUCCUGCAGCCGAAGCCAAGGCCGCAGAAGCUGCUGCCAGCGCCUACUACAACCCAGGCAACCCACACAACGUCUACAUGCCCACGAACCAGCCUCCGCCACCUCCCUACUACCCCCCGGAAGAUAAGAAGACCCAGUAGACCCCUCGUCACCUGCCUUCUACCUUCAUUGCUGUUUCCUUCCCCUCCCCUUGGGGCCAAGUCUGGGGUGGGAGGUAAUGGGGGGCCGCCUGUUCUUCCUCCAGGUCUGAUUAUAAAACACUUAACAGGAACUGGCGUUGACGGAAGGGAGGGGCCCUGACUCGAGAUGCGCCUCCCGCUUCCCACGCCAGCCCGAGCCCGCCCACACGUGCUUAGCACACGGCCCUCCUGCCACCCCUGGGGCUCUCCUCAGAGUGCGGGGUGUCCCCCCUCGCUCCUGUCUUCCCCUCGUAGCUUCUACCCCCGGGGGACUCUGGCCACCUUCGCCACCACAGUCCAACGCCCUCGUUUUGGCAGCCCCUUUAUCCUCAGCCUCCAGUCUUCCCGAGAGCCCCUGGCAGGCCCUACUCACAUUCCCUCCACUCUGGCCUGUGCCUCGCGUGGAAGCUGCCUUCCGCCGGACUGUCAGCCCACAUUCCGUUCCCAGCCAGCCUCCAGCCCCCGUCACACUUGCCUUCCCUUUGCUGCUCUGUCCUUCGUCCUUGUGUUGCCACUGCUGUGCGAUUUCUGGAGUUUUACCAUGAACCUCCAGGAGUCGGGUGGCAUCAGGCCAGGCCGCCGCAGCUCAGGGAGGGCGCCUGCUGCUUCCCUGCUAGUGUUUCUGCAGUUACUUCCCCUUGGCCUUCUCGUCCCUCUAGAAGGGGCUUCUGGAACUGGAGAACGCAUGUCUGUCCCGUGAUGCCAUUUGGAGGCUGCUGGUGGGCAGGCGCAAAGGCCCUGACCCCUGGGGGCCUGGCCUGGGCGUGUGCCGACCCUGCCCUCGUCCCUGUAAGCUUCAUACCUGGUUGGCGAUAUGCCCCCUGGAUGUACUAAAAUUUGCUCUCAUUUGCUCCUGGACUGGCUGUGAAGUGAAGAGAUGUUAUUUAAAGAGAAUUCCGUAUUUAUUUGACAAAAAAAAAAAAAAUCCAGUUAAUAUAUUAAUGUGAAAUAAACCCUGUUUGCACCUUGAUUUGUUUGCUGAAAAUGUGAAGUAGUAAAAAUAAGUAACUGGA